UAGCCCCAACAUAUAAUAAAACUAUCUUGCAUUUGCAUUCUCAGUCUCACCUACCCAUAUAUCCCUUACUUUCUACCAUACUAUUCAACAUAUUGAUCCAACAACAAUGGUUUCAGAGAAAAACCAUUCCAAGAAUGUGUGUGUGAUCGGAGCCGGACCAUCAGGGCUUGUGGCGGCUAGGGAGUUGAGAAAAGAAGGUCAUCAGGUGGUUGUGCUGGAGCAGAAUCAUGAGGUUGGAGGGCAAUGGCUGUAUGAACCGAAUGUACAAGGGGAGGAUCCUUUAGGAAGAAAAACUAUUCUUAAGGUGCAUAGCAGUCUCUAUGAGUCUUUGAGGCUGACAUCUCCAAGGGAGAUCAUGGGGUUCUCUGACUUCCCAUUUUUGGUCAAGAAAGGUAGAGACAUGAGGAGGUUUCCUAGCCAUACAGAGCUACUUCAGUAUCUAAAGGAUUUUUGUGACUGGUUUGGGUUGAGAGAGAUAAUUAGGUUCAAUACAAGGGUGGAUCAUGUUGGAAUGUUAGAUUAUGGUGCCUGUAGUAAUGAUUUGAAGUGGGUUGUUAGAAGCAGAGAGAAGAAGAAUGAGAAGGUGGUGGAAGAGGUGUUUGAUGCUGUGGUUGUGGCCACUGGUCAUUACUCUCAACCAAGAUUGCCCUCAAUUAAAGGAAUGGACAAAUGGAAAAGAAAUCAAAUGCAUAGUCACAUUUACAGAACCCCAGAACCAUUCCACAAUGAGAUUGUGGUUGUGGUUGGGAGUUCCUUAAGUGGACAAGAUAUAUCAAUGGAGCUUGUGGAAGUUGCAAAGGAAGUCCAUAUGAGUUCCAGAUCUCUCAAAAUCUCUGAGGGUUUAUCUAAAGUCAUAUCCAAACAUGAGAACUUUCACCUUCAUCCAGAGAUAGACUCCCUUCAAGAGGAUGGAUGGGUCACUUUCAUGGAUGGUUCUUGCAUUCUUGCAGACACUAUUUUGUACUGCACAGGGUACUCCUAUGCAUUCCCCUUUCUUGACACCAAAGGAAUGGUAGUUGUGGAUGAUGACAGAGUGGGUCCUUUAUAUGAGCACACUUUCCCCCCAUCACUUGCUCCAUCCCUUUCCUUUAUAGGCAUCCCAAGAAAGAUCAUAGGAUUCCCUUUCUUCGAAUCGCAAGCAGUAUGGAUAGCACAACUUCUUUCUGGGAAAAAAGUAUUGCCAUCAUGGGAGGAAAUGAUGAAAUCCAUCAAGGAGUUCUACCAUUCAACAGAACUAGCAGGCAUUCCUAAGCACUGUACCCAUGAAAUUGCAAACUUUGAGUACUGUGACAAAUACGGGGAGAACGUAGGAUUCCCACGAUUAGAAGAAUGGCGAAAAGGGCUGUGCCUAUCUGCCAUAAUCAACUCUGAUGUCAACUUGGAGACAUAUCGAGAUUCGUGGGAUGAUGGUGAGCUGCUCCAAGAGGCCCUUCAAAGUCCUCACUUUACUCAACUUGGCCUUGAAGAUUCUCCUCUGUAAAGCAAAAAAACCAAGAGUAAAUGAGUUUACAAAAUUGCUGUUUUGCACUUUGGCUGGCAUUUACAGAAUCUGCCUAUGUAAUUUCUAUUAUUUAUUAUUAAAAGAUUGGAAAAGAGACAACAUUGUUGAAUGAGAGAAUCACGGAGAUGAUGAUAUAAACAAUUGAGAGGAGUGUUUUUGAAUGUGAA